AUGAACUCUGGAUUGAACAACUAAAAUUCUUUAUUGCAGCAACUAACUCCUGCUUAACUUGAGGAAUAUUAACAACAGUUUAGGUAUGAUUGUAUAUCUAUUUUCCCCUUAUUAUAUUACAUGAUUAGCUCUAAUCAUCUAUUCGGCAAUUAAUUACUUAUUUUAGAUAAUAACAACUUUUGAAUACCUUCCUGAAUUUUAAACCAUUAGGAUUUCCAAGCUUAUUCCAAUAAUUUCAAGACAAUGUCAAUAGAACUCCUUAAGCAUUAGAUCUGUUAAAUAUUAAUUUUGGUAAGAAUUCAUCAAGUUCAUCUUCUACUAUAAUCUAAUGACCUUAUAGUUUUUAAUUUUACUUUAUUUUAUGUAGGUUUAGGGAAUGCAUUAAAUAGUUUGGAUUACUCAAAAAUUUUACAGAAAAGCCUUUAGAUGACAAAUCAAGCUUCUUUGAAUCCUUUCCUUACUAGUCAAUUGUUCUACUAGGUAGGACUAGGAAAUUAAAAGAAUUCCAAUAAUAUUCAUAAUCCAAUUACUGUUGAGGAUGAUGAACCACAGUAAGUUUAGAAAUGUCACAAUUAAAAAUGCAAUAAUAAAGGUGAUCGAAAAGCAAAAUCAAAAAAGGGUGAUUCUAUUUAAUUUUGUGAGAAAUGCUUGAGAUUAUACACUCGUGGUAAUUAUUGUGAUUUUUGUGAAUAGGUAUUAUGAAUUAUUAUAGAAUUUUUUUUAGUUAUAUUCAAAUGGUGCUAAUGAUUAAGAUGAAUAGGAAUGGAUAUAAUGUGAUAUUUGUGAAAAAUGGGUAAGUUAUUAAAUAAUUAAAAAGAACCACUUAAAUUGUGAAGCCAAAUUUAGAAAUCAAAAUAUUAGAGAAGAAACUGAAAAUAAAGUUUAUCAUUGUUUAAAUUGUUCUAAAACUAUAAAGAAACAAUAAUAAUAGACAAAUUCUCAAUAAUAAUAAAAGAAAUAGGAAAAAUCUAAUGAGGAAUAUCAACCAAAACAGAGAUAAAUAAUAGAGUGUGAAGAUAAUAGAAUUAGGGAAAAAAACAUCAAUUUUGUAGCAACAAAAGAUAACAAAGUUUAAUUUAGUAAAUUAAAUUAUUUAUAAAUUUAUCAGCAUUCAGAUUUAACCUUUGUGAGGAUGAAAUUAAAUAAGAUUUAGAUUAUCUUCGAAAUGCUGGAAAAAAAAUGAUUAAGAAACAAAAUCUAGUAGAUUCUCCUUAAAUGAAAAUAAAUUCUAUACCACAAUAAUAACAAUAACAAUAAGAGGAGAAGGUAAGUCUUUAUUUUUAAAAUUAGAAUGUUGAAUUGUAAGUGAAUAGCAGACUCAGAACAAGACCAAAUAAUAAAAAUAAAGUCAAUUACAGAUAUUUGGGUGGUGAAUGAAUG